CGACGUGCAAUGAAGCGCGGAUUCUACUAGGGUGAUUCCCUGCAAGAAAGCAAGAAUUGCGUUUCUUGGCCAUUCUUGCUGGUAGUUGAUUCCCUGCAAGAAAGCAAGAAAUAAGAGCAAGAAUAGUAACCAUAAAUCAAAGAGACUUCUUGCACCAAGAAAGCAAGAUCUUGUGACAUUUCUAGCGCAAGAUCUUGGGCAAGAAAGCCCUGGCAAGAAAGUCGAUUAGGGUUAUUGUUUGUGUCUGUCAACUUAGUUGGUUCAACUAGCAUGCCUAACUCAAUUAUCUUCAUUAAUUAAUUAAGAUAAAAUAAAAACGCAAAUGUCACUGUUUGAUGUAAAACACUAUGAGAUGAUAAAAAACCAAAUUUAUAAUGAACAAGCUAUUGAUGUUGAUCAAGAUGUUCUUAAAAUAUCAUCAAAGAAAAUGAAAACUAUUGAAGUUGGACCAUGUUCAGCAAUUAUUUUAUUUUUAACAAUAAAAAAUGUCAAUUAUGCUGCCUGUUAUCACUGUAGUUUGACCGAAACGACGCAAUUUGAAUUUAAAACAAUUCUUACGAAAAGCUUUAAAAAUUUUUUUGAUCUUAUUAGAAAUAAAGUAUUUGAUACUGAAGAAUUAUCUUCAUUGGUACCGCCAGAUUGUUUAUUAAACGAUAUUAAUGUUGAUUCGAUUAUUAUAUUAGGCGGAGCUCAUGAUGAGCCAAAUUUCAAAGAAUUUAUCAGAAGUUUUUAUUCGUCAUUUAGUCAUGGUACGUUUAAUGUUAGACGUAAAGAGAUGCCAUCUCUUUACGUCUAA